CCUCCAAUGGGGCGCAAGGCCGCGCGCAGGGGGCGGUGGGAAGGGCGCCGAGUCGGUGUGUACGUCCGUUGCCGUAACAACGGGAAGCGGAGUCCAUCGGCGAUGGCCUCUAACUUUAAGAAGACAAACGUGGCAUCUGCUGCCCAGCGAAAAAGGAUGAGCCCUAAACCAGAGCUUACUGAAGAGCAGAAACAGGAAAUCCGAGAAGCUUUUGAUCUCUUUGAUGCUGAUGGAACUGGGACAAUAGAUGUUAAAGAACUUAAGGUGGCAAUGAGGGCACUGGGCUUUGAACCCAAGAAAGAAGAGAUCAAGAAAAUGAUAAGUGAAAUCGAUAAGGAAGGGACAGGAAAAAUGAACUUCAGUGACUUUUUAACUGUGAUGACUCAGAAAAUGUCUGAGAAGGAUACCAAAGAAGAAAUCCUGAAAGCUUUCAAGCUCUUCGAUGACGAUGAAACUGGGAAGAUAUCGUUCAAGAAUCUAAAACGCGUGGCCAAGGAGUUGGGCGAGAACCUCACUGACGAGGAGCUGCAGGAAAUGAUUGAUGAAGCUGACCGCGACGGGGACGGAGAAGUCAACGAGCAAGAGUUCCUGCGCAUCAUGAAGAAGACCAGUCUCUAUUAAGCUCGGUCUCUUUCCUACCGCAAGCACCUGGAACUAGACUGAGUGCCUGCCAUUGUGUGAAACCUGGUUUUUGAGAACAUAAAUUACUUCUCCCCCACUGACCUCUCUGUCUAACUUCAGUGACGGCGUCGAAUCCAUUUUAGACUUUCGAAAGUAUUCUUUGACAUUACAGUCCUUUGUAAGGUGACCUGCGGAUGGCAUGUUAGAGGGGAAAAAAGGGUCUUCAGGCUUUUGCCCACCUGCCAUUCUGCCUUGUGUCACUUAACUCCUGUCAUGCAUUCCCACAUUUAUGCCACCCGCCGCAGAACAACUUCUUAACAAGCACAUGUUGUACCUGUGUCCCCACGAGCAAGGGACAUCUCUUUGAUGGUUCCAGUUGUCAUUGACACCUGAGUGCAGCUUUCUCUUUUAUAAAAUCCAGUGAACUCUCACGUGCACUUGGGGGGGUGUGUGUGUGUGUGUGUGCGCGCACGUGUGUGUGCUGUUUGUUUUGUCCUAAAAUAAAGCCUUUCUUAUUUUGA